AUGAACCGUCAGACAACUGCUCUCCUCCUCAUCGUCUCGAUCCUUGCCGUUUUUGUCCACCAUGGAUUUGCUGCUGCUGAAGAAGAGAAGAAUACAGCUUCAGUCGUCAGCCCUGCUCCGGACUCUGAAGCAGCCCAACCUGCUGGAAACGGAACCGAAACACCAAAAGAUGAGGUGAAGGAUGAGGCACCAAAAGAAGGUAGUGAAACUGAAGCUUCACCAGAAGCCAAGACAAAAGGAUCUAUGGUAUUCCAUGCUCUUGGAGCCAUUUCCACAGUUGUUCUCGCCGGCAUUAUGUGA